UAAAUAAAGCUUUGACAAAAUUCAAACAAGAUGGCGGCGCCCGGUAGCUAACGCGUGUGUUUUGAAAGGAAGAAGUUGUCAUUCACCGUGAUUUAAAUUGGAAAUAUAAGAAGAGUUUACAACACAUGCUGUGGAGACAUUCAGUUAAUUAAAUGGAAACACCGCAGAAAAGCAGCGGCAAAAAGGCCGGCAAAAAGCCCAUCAGGGUCAAGACGAUGUUCACAUCCCCUUUUGCGCUGAACUGGAGCCCUCUUCCACAAAAAGACAUGCAUUUUAUCCUGACAACCUUGAAAGACAAACUCAUUUCCAUGGGGCUUGAGAAGAAGGAAGUGAAGGUGUUUCGGCCGUGGAGGAAAAAACAGAGAGGUCCGGAUUUCUCAUCUAUGGAUACGGACACAAAUAAGGUGGAGGAUUCGUCGAAAGGUGGCUGGACAGAUGUGGCCGCGAGACGACAACUCGCCCUGGGCAUCAACGAGGUCACCAAAGGUCUGGAGAGGAACCAACUUAAGCUGGUUCUGGUGUGCAAGUCGAUCAAGCCCAAGCACAUGACCAACCACCUGAUAGAGUUGAGCGCCAGUAGAGGCGUCCCCGCCUGCCAAGUUCCGCGUUUGAGCGAAAGCAUGGCCACACUGCUAGGCCUGAAGAGUGUCCUCGCUCUGGGGUUCAGGCACAGCUGCUGCCAAGGUGACAACAAUGACAAGGCAGAGGCGUUCACUGACACUGUGGAUGCAAUCAUACCCAGGAUGCCCUCUGUGGAUGUUGCUUGGCUACAAGGUACAGCACCUGGUGUGGAAUUGCAACACAGUGGUGAUGCUAAAGAGGAGGAAGGUGGACAGAGGGCGGGCCAGAAAAGAAAACUGGAGCCGGAGAGUGAACACUGCACGCUGCAACCUCUCAAAGUAACAAAAAUUGUUUCCAACCCAGCCAAGAUAAAAAGAAAGCGGAAUCGGAAGCAAGCCAAGUGAAAUUAAGUUCCCUUAAAUUUUGUCCUCCUCGUUAUUUGGAGUUUGUUGUUUGUGCCUGGAGACCUAUUAGGUUCAUUUAUUACUACUCACAAAAAGUUAGGGAUAUUGGGCUUUGGGUUGGAAUUUUACGAUGAACCUAAAAUGCACUCUAAGCUUUUGAUCUAUGAAUCAACCAAUACAUUUUCUUCUUCAAUUAGAAAUGUUUAAUGGUCCUCUUCAUCAUUCUGCCCAUGCACCGAACAAUUGACUAACACCAGCUCACCAUUGAAAGCAAGUUUCAACAGAGAUACAAAGAAACUGGAGCAGUCAUAGAAAAGCAUACUGGUGGAUGCACUUGAAAAUAAUGUACAAAAAGGUGUGCAUUGGUUCAUUACAUUAGAAAAGGUCAAAUAAAGUUCACCUUUUGCAUUCUAGUCCUGAAAUUCACCCGAAAGCACCAAUAUCCCCAUUUGUGAGUAAUGUAGAGUAUUUACUUUUUUUUUUUUUUUUUUUAACUGAACGUCUCUGAUCUUUUUUUUUCCACGCCAUGGUUAAUUGAAAGAUGCUUUAAAGUUCCACUAUUCCAAUUCAGCAAGCAUCCAAGGCUUAACUCUUGGCAUUUUGUUUCUUCAGAAGGCAUUAAAAAAA